GAGGCAUAAAUCGGAACUUCGGCCCCCAUUGACGCUCUCUUCUUCCUUCCUCUUUCCGCUUUCCUCCUGUUUUUCCAUAGUUAGAGAGCGGGAUUCGCGAAGGGUUUUCCGAUAUUUUUAUUUUUUGCUUGUCGAACCGAUCGGCAGCCGGUGAAAUCGCGGCGUUACGUAGAGGGAGGAUUCCGGCGAGUUAUGCAGGCGGAUCAGACGGUGCUGAGCCUGAGGCCUGGUGGUGGCGGCAAUCGAGGCAGCAGACUCCUUGCCCCCCGCUUCGAUUCGACAGUUUACUCCGGCGCUGGCGGUGUUGCGGCCCUCAGCUCGAUCUCUGACGCAUCUGUCUUCCGUGCUCAUGGCGGCGCAUCCAAGGGCGGAGAAUCAAGGUUUGAGGGGCGUGAACACAUUCGCUACACUCGGGACCAGUUAUUACAACUUCGUGAGGUUGUUGAAGUUCCUGAGGAUAUUUUAAAAGUAAAGAAAGAGAUAGAUGCUGAACUUCAUGGCGAGGACCAAUCUUGGGGUGGCAGUGAUGCCAAUUUGCAAAGUCAAUUUCAGAAUCGCUAUUAUGAACCCGACAAUCGAGAUUGGCGUGGCCGUUCAGGACAAGUGCCUUCAAGUGGAGGGGAAAGGUCAUGGGAUUCUAUACGUGAAAAUAAAGAGUCAGUUGCAUCAAAUAUAAGGCAACAGGAUUCAGGCCAACUUUGGCAGGAACAAUUGAGCUCACAAUUUUCUUCCCAGAUUCAAGUCUCCAAAGGGGCUGGACCUGCUGCCGCUCUACUUAAAGCUGAAGUGCCAUGGUCUGUACGUAGGGGCAAUCUCUCAGAGAGCGAUCGAGUUCUUAAAACAGUGAAGGGUAUUUUGAAUAAGCUGACUCCAGAAAAAUUUGAUGUUCUCAAGGGUCAGCUGAUUGAUGCAGGAAUAACCACUCAAGAAAUUUUAAAGGGUGUGAUUUCUCUAAUAUUUGAUAAAGCAGUUUUGGAACCUACCUUCUGUCCGAUGUAUGCUCAGCUUUGCUCCGAGCUCAACGAAGGAAUCCCUCCAUUCCCUUCUGAAGAACCAGAUGGGAAGGAGAUUACUUUCAAGCGUAUAUUGUUGAAUAUAUGUCAGGAGGCAUUUGAAGGUGCGGAUCAUCUUAGGUCUGAUAUCAGCAAGUUAACUGGUCCAGAUCAGGAAAUGGAACGCAGAGAUAAAGAGAGAAUGGUUAAGCUUAGAACUCUCGGUAACAUUCGUUUGAUUGGUGAACUUUUGAAGCAAAGGAUGGUGCCAGCGAAAAUUGUUCAUCAUAUCGUUCAGGAAAUCCUGGGGCCAGAUGUUAAAGCUUGUCCUGCUGAGGAAAAUGUUGAGGCUAUCUGCCAAUUUUUUAACACCAUUGGCAAGCAGUUGGAUGAAAACCCCAAAUCACGACGUGUUAAUGAUGUUUAUUUUAACCGGUUGAAGGAGCUAACGACCAAUCCCCAGCUGGCUCCACGCCUUAGGUUUAUGGUCCGUGACGUGCUUGAUCUUCGUGCUCAUAAUUGGGUUCCUCGUCGUGAGGAGGUGAAAGCAAAAACCAUCUCUGAGAUCCACUCUGAGGCAGAGAAGACUCUCGGAUUGCGUCCUGGAACAACAGCUAACAUGAGAAAUGGCCGUGGUGCCGGCGGUUUGGGAGGCGGUAUGAAUUCCGGAGGAUUAUCCCUAAAGCCUCCGGGAGCCGGAGGCAUGAUGAUGCCUGGAAUGCCUGGAGCCAAAAAGAUGCCGGGGAUGCCAGGCAUGCCAGGGAUGGAUGGUGAUAAUUGGGAAGUCGUUCCUCGUUCUUCCAAAUCCACGCUGAAAGCACAACAUAGCCCUCUCAUUAGCAAACCGUCACCCAUAAAUCCUAAGCUGCUACCUCAGGGUAGCGGCGGCCUAUUAGCCGGAAGGUCAAGCGCACUAUUGCAAGGCGUUAAUCAGCCAUCUCGAGCCCCUAUCAUUUCCGGAACCACCGAUUCUUUUCCUCCGAAUGUCGGCUUAGCGAAACCUUUCGGUACCACGCCUCCUACCGCUCAACCUGCAGAGAAGCAAACGACGGGACGACUGAACCCUGACGUUUUGAAGAAGAAAACAAUCGCCCUCUUGGAGGAGUAUUUCCAUGUCCGCAUCCUUGACGAGGCUGUAAAGUGUGUUGAGGAGCUUAAGAGUCCUCAAUAUCACCCAGAAAUCGUCAAGGAAGCCAUCAACCAUGCCCUUGACAAGGGCCCAUCUCACCUCGAUCCUCUCGUCAGGCUUCUUGAGUACUUGCUCGCGAAGAAAGUGUUCACGCCGCGGGAUUUGGGCACGGGUGCAUUGCUUUAUGGGUCAAUGCUGGAUGAUAUUAGCAUCGACCUUCCCAGAGCACCAACUCUCUUUGGUGAGGUGAUUGGAAAACUUAUUUUGGUUAAUGGACUGAGCUUCAAUGUUGUGGCAGAGAUCUUAAAGAAGGUGGAGGAUGAUAGGUCCCAGUCUGCCAUUUUUGAAGCUGUGAUGAAAUGCGUGGAGGGAAGCCCAGCGGGUCAGAAGGUAUUAGCUGAUAAUGCAGAUGAUAUAAAGACUUGCAGGAGCUUGCUUCCUUAAAACUCUAACCUUGCUGGUGGGGUUUACCUGUUUCAUCUGUCUUAUUUUUCUUUAUCAAACUUAUAUUGCUUGAUACAUUUUCUUUCUUCUAUUUAUUUUUUGCAUUGGUUUUUUUUUUCUCUUUUUCUUAAACUGCGUUGACAAUCUUAUGAGCUGUUUGAAGCUUUCUAAAUUUGAAUGAGUUGUAUAUUUAUGCGAGCGACAUUUUUGUUAGUGAUUCAAGUUGGAAAAAGAAAAAAAAAGAGCCAUGGAUUUUUGGCCAAG